AUGAACAACAACCAUAACAACAUCAAAAUUCGUUACUUUGUCCCAGCUCAACUUGACCUAAACUUUAUGUUAACACCAGUCACAUCAACCAGCACAAGUGCAAUGUCAACGAUAGACGCACAGGCACUAAUAAAUCAUCCUGCACCUCCUAAUCAAUUGACCAGUGCUUCUCAGCCAAUCAAAGCUGACGAAUUUUUCAGUCAUUUGUUGCCAAAAAAUCUUCUACCACCUGUACAGCAGCAGCAGCAGCAGCAGCAGCAGCAGGUCAAACCUUUCGCUUGUCCGAAGUGCAUGCGCUGUUUCAGCGUCAAAGGAAACAUGACUCGUCACUACAAAUACGAAUGUGGAGUGGAUCCCAAGUUUGGGUGUCCAUAUUGCGAUUUUCGCAUGAUCCUAGAUCCCAUCGAACUCCAUACCUUGCCGCACGCCAAGCCAAGUCCCAAACCCUUGGUGACGACAAGGCGUUCAAGACGAGUGACAGUGCGCGGUCCCCAAUGGCGCGAGAAGAGCUACUACUGUCCAAAGUGCAGUCGUGGCUUCACGUUGAAGAGUAACUGCAAUCGGCAUUUCCGGUAUGAGUGCGGAGUCAAGCCACGUUACAAAUGCCCGUAUUGUUUGCUGAGGAGUAAGCAAACCUCCCAGGUUUACUCGCACAUAAGGAAAAAACACCCCUCCGAAAGAGUCUGCGUUAUUAAUCUCGACGACGUGGAGAACGACCAGUGA